AUGGCGCCGGUGCGGAAGAAGAGCAAGCUCGACGAUGACAGCGCCCACGAUAACAACAAACCGGAGGCAGGUCCGGCCCAAGCAACGAAGGAUAUGGACAUGAAGGAUGCGCCUGCGUCCGACUCCACAGCGAAAACUCCCUCCUCCCGACCCGGCAGCUGGUACACCACCUCUCCAUGGCGAAGCAUCAGCAAAGCGGCACCCGUCCUGGCACAAGUCGCCCGUGAAAGCAUAUCCGUAGCUCAAGGCGUAAGCUCAUCCUCGAGCGAAGCGCGGCAGUCCGGUGAGGGCAAAGAGCUUGGGGAGGAUGCGGCGACGACGAGACGGAGACCCUCAUCGAAUGUGAGCAAGAGUUUCAAGGGUAGCAGUCGGAAGAGCGAUCCUCUGUUGGCGGAGGCUACGAGGGUGAAUGCGACGAGUAGUGUGCCGAGCGUGCCGAAGGGGAAGAAGAGUCUGGGGGAGAAGACUGGGAUGAAGAGUCGGGAGAGUGUGGCGGUGGUCAAGGAAGGGAAGGAUGGGAAGGUGGAUGUUGAGCCGGCGCCGAUGCCUCCGGAUGUGGUGAUGGAGGAUGUGGAUUUGAAGGAUGUAGAUGCGGAGCAGGAUACGGAUAAGUCGACGUCGAGGGUCACGUCUGGUACUUGGUUUGGGUGGUGGUCCAGACCAGACAGUUCAGACGCCAUGGCUACAACGAAAAGCGCGAACAAGGCAAAGCUGGACGAUGCGGAGAAUGAAGCCAGCACGACUCCCUUGCCAGGUUCGCCAGAGGAGCAGGCACAGCCGAGUUUUGGCACGGACACAACAGGUUCGAGCCAGACGACAAAGGGCGAAGAUCUGUCUGGAAAGUUGAAGCCCGAGAUGAGUGUGAAUGCAGCAAGCGAUAGAUCUUGGUUUGGACUUUGGAGUAGUAAGCAGAACGAACAAGCCGUUGUGGAGGAGCAAGCACGACGUAAAAGUGUUGCAGAAGUUCAGCAGGAGCCAGAUGUUGCAGUAUCGGCAGACGCUGGACGCACCGCGGACGAAAGCCAGCAGGAUGGUGCUGCGAAGGAGGAGCAGAAAGUGAAGGUGGAUGACCGGCCUACAAGCAAAGAAGCAGAGCAACCGAAGUCCUCUGGAUGGGCGUUCUGGUCGAAGGAGCCAUCGGCCAGCGUGGCCCAAAAACAGGUGGGCGAGCUAGCUGUAGCUGACACGCCAUCACAAAGCCAUCCAGAAGCCGCUCAGUUCAACCAGGAGCCGCAGCAAGCGAAGACCGAAGAACCGACACGGCUCGGACGAAGCAGCUCUUUGCUGCGGCUAAAGCGUGGUAGAAAUACAUCAAAGGACCUGUCAGGAGAAACGACGGCUGCGACAACACCCACUACGUCGGAAUCUAAGACACCAGUGGAGACACCUGAAGCCUCUCCUGCUCCGACAUCUCGAGCAAAGAAAGCUGUGCAAAUCCAACCGAAUCUCGUCUUGCCUUUGUUUCGCGACACCUAUGCCAGCGCGCCCAAUCCUGGUUACAUCGACCGACUGACAAACUACAUCGGUCAAACAUUACACCUAUCCGAUCCCACACGCCCAGCACACCAACCAUGCAUCUCACCCACACCCGUCAAAGUCCGAAAAGCGAUCGCCAUCGGAGUCCACGGCUUCUUCCCAGCGGCCUUUCUCCACCGUUUCGUCGGCCCACCCACCGGCACCUCAAUCCGCUUCGCCAACUACGCAACAGCAGCCAUAAAACAAUGGUGCGAAACUCAUCAACCCGAGAUCAAAGACGUCGAAGUCGAAAAAGUCGCCCUCGAAGGCGAAGGCUACAUCGCCGGCCGCGUCGAGACUCUUUGGAAGCUUCUCCUCAACUGGCUCUCCCACCUUCGACAAGCAGACUUCAUCCUCAUCGCCUGCCACAGCCAAGGCGUGCCAGUAGCAAUCAUGCUCGUAGCCAAACUCCUCCAACUCGGCUGCCUUUCCACCAACGUGCGCGUCGGAAUCUGCGCCAUGGCAGGCAUAAACCUCGGUCCCUUUCCCGAAUACAAAUCCCGCUUCCUAGCCGGCUCCGCGAGCGAACUCUUCGACUUCUGCGACAGCACCUCCACCGUCAGUGUCGCCUACGCCGACGCACUCGAAAUCUGCCUCCGCCACUCCGUCCGCAUUACCUUCUGCGGCAGUCUCGACGACCAACUCGUCAGUCUCGAAAGCGCCCUCCACACACCUUUAUCCCACCCGUACGUCAGUCGCAUCGUCUUCAUCGACGGCCGACUGCACACGUCCAAUUUCCUCACCCACCUCGUCGUCUUCGCCACUAAACUCCGCAACCUCGGCGUCAGCGACCACGGCUUGUUGCGGGAACUCAGCUCCCCUCUCGCGGGCAGUAUCGUGGGUGGAGAAGGACAUAGUCGUGUCUACGAUGAUGCGCAGGUGUACAUGCAAGCGGUGGAAUUCGCUUUGGAAAGCACCGACGUCGUGGCUCCUCUACCCAACAAACCCACCCCUAUAAUGACAACGACGACCAAAGACGACCUCGCCGCUGACCAAAAGCGAAAAAGUCUCGACGACCGCCGCGCGCAACAAGCCGCCUACCCGAAAAACAUGCGCGCGGCAAACCACAUGCGCCGCGGAUCAUUGACGUUCCUCUCCAAUCCAUCACCCGGAAUCGCGCCUGUCAUCGCUGCCUACGGUACCACUACGGCCAUCGGUCCCGGCGGGCCGAGUGAGGCAGCGAAAAAUCCUUUCGUCUUACCGUUUGCCGUGCGAGGGAUGUUGGAGGAGCGCUUGGUGAAGGAAGACGAGAAAUUACAGAAAGAAGUAAGGGAAUUGAUUGGGGAGUUUGAGAGUUGGCGGCCGGUCAGUAAGGUUUUGAAGGAUGUACGAUGGAGGUUGGAGGGGGUGAGGAGUAUGUUGUGA